AUCACGGUCGCCGUUCUUAGAGGGCGGUAUCGGGCGGAGAACGUUAGUGUGUGCUGUUUAUUGUUAAGGUUGUGUGGAUUAGCACUGCGGUAUGCAACUAAUCACCUCAAUACUUUUUAAAAUGACUAAACAAUCAUCGUUUUGUUUCAACGCAUCGCGUUAUUGACGAUCUUUAUUCGGACGUCGUUCGGCUUUUGGACGUAGGAAAAACACCAGGCCGAGUCGACGCCGUUAGAAGCCGGAGAGGUUUGUUUAUGUUUAUUAUUGUGAGCUAGCCAGCUCUUCAGGGUUAAGUGAGGACAAGCGGUAGGAAAUGGAUGGACGGGUUAUUGUUGUAGUGCGAGAAAACACCGCAGUGCGGAUUGAUGACAUGAAAAAUGUCAGCUCGGCAGAAUGAAAAAGGAAGUAAAAAAGUGACGUCACCGUUGUGUGGACUGGGGAAGGAAUUGAGUUAAAGUACCACUGAUAGUCACACUAGGUGUGGUGAAAUUACCCUCCGCAUUUCACCCAUUACUUGUUCCACCCCCGGGGAGGUGAGGGGAGCAGUGAGCAGCAGCCCUCAGUCAACAAAAGGCUAACGACCUCGAUGAUGCUCCAAAAGUGACCUGCGCCUUUAAGAAGACCAGCACUACCCCGCUCAUGGCGAACUCGGUCGCCGCCCUGGUGGUCCAAGCCGAACUCUUAGCCCCGCAGUCCUCGGCGUCCCUGUCCCCUUUCCCGUCGCUCCUCGCCACGGCCCAGGAGGCCGAGGACGACGACGACGGCGGGCGGGAGGCGGGCAAGGGCGCCGUGGAGGAGGUGGUCCUGGACAUAGUCGCGGCGUCGGAGGCGGCCCAGCAGGCCGAGCAUCCCUUCCAGUGCUUGGAAUGCGGCAAGACCUUCAGGUGGUCGUCCCGCCUCACGCACCACCAGCGGAGCCACAACAACGAGAGACCCUACCGCUGCAAUCUCUGCCCCAAGGCCUUCAAGGGCUCCUCGGCGCUGCUCUAUCAUCAGAGGUCUCACUCGGGGGAGAAGCCUUACAAAUGUCAGGAUUGCGGCAAAGCGUUCAAACGCUCCUCGCUUCUCCAGGUUCAUCAGAGCGUGCACACUGGGGUGCGGACAUUCCUGUGUCCGUACUGCCCCCUGACUUUCAAGUGGAGCUCCCACUACCAGUAUCACCUGCGCCAGCACACGGGCGAGUGCCCGUACCCGUGCGACACCUGCCCCAAGGCCUUCAAGAACUCCAGCAGUCUCCGACGCCACAAGAACGUCCACCUGGGCCUGAAGCCGUACACCUGCUCCGAGUGCAACAAGUCCUUCACGCAGUCCACCAACCUGCGGCAGCACAUGAGGAUCCACACGGGCGAGCGGCCGUACGUGUGCGACGAGUGCGGCCGCAGCUUCACGCAUUCCUCCAACCUGGCGCUGCACAAGAACUCGCACUCCCUCAACGGCACGGGGAAGGAGAGAAAGGGCGGCGAGGUUGUAUUGAAGCCGAGCGAAAUAGUGGAGGUGAUGGUGGGCUCGGAGGAGGAGGCGUCGACCAUGUUGACCGCCAUGGUGGGAUACGUCAGCCAGGAGGGGGCUGACGGAGUCGGGGUGGGAAUGGAAGAAGUCUUCCUAUCCACCACUUCGCCCACUCACAACACCAGCCUGCUCGCCCUCGCCCCCUCGGCGGCGAGCGAGCGCGCGUCCCGGGCGAUCGGCACGGAGGUGCGCCUGAGCAUGGACACCGGCGCCAGCCUGCUGCUGUACAGCUGCGGCAGCUGCAGCCACACCUUCCCCACGCAGACCCACCUGGAGGAGCACCAGUCCGUCCACAUGGCCCCCGAGGAGCACGGCCCCGUCGGGGACACGGCGGGCGGGCCGGAGGUCGGGGACGGCCUGGUGGGGGCCGGCCACCUGCUGGCCGACUUUGAGGAGGUGGUGGAGACGACCACGGCGGCGGAAAGCGGACACACGCCGGAAGUGCUCCUCGGACUCGCGGACGCAAACAACUCGGGUGUGCGUACCAGCCAGGCCCAGUUUGAGCUCCUGCAGAGCUUCGGCAAGGCGCCCGAGAGCUGUGAUGGCGUGCAGCCCGAAGCUGCGAGCACGUGGGCGGGGCUGCUGUGUGGACACUGCAACAAGUCCUUCAAGACCAGCGGAGGCCUCAAUAGACACGUGUCCCUGAUGCACUCCCUCUCGUCUCAGUCCCGCUCCCAGUUCAGCUGCUCGGCCUGCGACCGCUCCUUCCCGCUGCUGUCAUCGCUGCUCACGCACCAGCACUCCCACACCCCCGAGCAGCGUCUCCUGGCCGAGGCAGAGGCCGAGAUCGUGUGCCCCGCUUCUCUCUCCUUGUCUCUCCCCCUUCCCUCCUCGCCCACCCAGGCCGACAAGCAGGAGGGAGGCACGGACGCUCUGGUCGGCGUGGCAGCUGCCAGCAAGGAGCACCACGACGGACAGGCGCCGCUCAAAACGGCGAAAGGCUCCAAAAAGGUCAACGCCAGCAAGACGGCUAACGCCGGAGAGAGGCCGUAUCGCUGUUCAGAGUGCGGAAAGGCCUUCAAAGGAUCGUCGGGGCUGAAAUACCACAUGAGGGACCACACGGGGGAAAGACCAUACCGCUGCACCGAGUGUGGCAAGAGCUUCAAAAGGUCCUCGCUGCUCUCCAUACACCAGAGGGUGCACACAGGUGUGCGCGCCUUCCAGUGCGCUCACUGCUCGCUCACCUUCAAGUGGAGCUCCCACUACCAGUACCACCUGCGCCAGCACACGGGCGAGAGGCCCUACGUUUGCAAGGAGUGUGGCAAGUCCUUCAAGAACACCAGCUGCCUGCGCAGACACAGUCAGAUGCACUCGGGACUGCGGCCUCACGUCUGCACCAUCUGCUCCAAGUCCUUCUCCCAGACCUCCAACCUCAAGCAGCACGAGCGCACACACUCUGGCGAGCGGCCCUUCCAGUGCUCGCACUGCAGCAAGAGCUUCACGCACUCGUCCAACCUGCAGCUGCACCUGCGCACGCACUCGCCGCAGAAGGACUUCAAGUGUCCGCACUGCGACAAGGCCUUCGUCAUGCACUCCUACCUGCAGCGGCACAUCCGGACGCACGCCGCCCCGACCCGACGCGACGGCGUGGCGGUCAGCGCCAGCGUGGGCGGCGUCACGACCGCCACCACGCUCCUCAACCCCAUCACCCUGGAGAGCACGGGGAGCAGCGGGAGUCUGAUCGUGUCCCAGCCGGCGCUCAACAUCCCUCCGAACACCUCCCAGAACUACUUCAUGAUCCAGACCUCCAGCGGUCUGCAGCUCAUCCCGCUAUCGGCGCCGCCGCCGCCCCCACCGCCUCCGACUCCGCCGCAGAACUUCCUGCUGUUGCAGUGUCCGUCCGCCGGCGGCUCUCAGUCCAGUCUGAUACUGAUCCCAACUUCCGGGAAUGCUCCGGCGGUGCCGGAGCCGGCGGGCGUGCCGGUGCUGCAGGCGCUCAACAACCAGCACUACGUGAUCGCCAGCGAUAACAAGAGUCCCGUUGCCGUGCCGACGCACAGCAUCCCAGCCAACUCGCUACUCCGCCGGCCCAUAUUGGGGAAGCGCAAGCACAUAGCGAGAGGGCGGCGCGGGCGCAAGCCGAAGUCGGCGCUUCAGAAAAGCGCGGUGGAGAGCGUGCCUCCAGCGGCUCAGCUCCCGCGCCGCCCCGAAAACACGGCGCAGGCGGUGCCGGCGAGGACCGAGAAGCAGUUCGUGUUGUGCUUUGAAAAGGAAGGAGGCGCCAAAGAGGGGGCAGACGUCGGCGAGGGAGGCCAGUCGUAUGUGCUGCGCUUCCAGGAAGACCACGCCUCCUCGGAGGCGGCGGCGGAGGACGGGAAGCUGGUGCUGCAGUUUGAGGCGGACGCCCAGGAAUGUGCGGCGGACAAGGCCUCGGGAGGCAAAGAAGGCGUGAUGUCGCUCCUGCAAGAGUGGGGCGGAGACAAGCCGGCCGAGGGCCACGCGGGCGAGGCGGAGGGCAGUCAAGGCGGCGGGUCCUUCGUCUUGCAUUUCCACGCCGAGGACCAGGAGAGCGACCGCUCGCCGGGGACCUUCCGCUCGGACGGCAGCGCGGAGAGCCAGGGCGUGAUGUUCCAGGUGGGCGACGAGAGCAAGGAUGCCGAGGACGGCCUGCGGAUGAUCGCCCUGAUAGAGCGCGACGCCGAGGACGAGGACGCGGCGGGCGGCGACGGCGGCGCCAGGAGCAUCUUCCAGCUGGAAGGCGGGGAAGAAAUAGUCAUCAUCGAAGUGAGCACAAGCGGCUUGAUGGAGAGAGCCGUCGACGCCUCACAGAGCGAGCUCCCAAACCAAGUUAAGGAGAAGUCGGCGAAGGAAAAGGACGACUCGGAGGAGCGCACAGGAAGUGAAGCUUUACCUCAAACAUGCACUUCUCUGACCAACUGAAAUAUCCUCACUAUUGUGGGCUGUGAGUGUUAGCACUUUACUUUCACUUUCACAUUCUGAUGCACGCAUGCAGUCGGAACUCAACUCUUGGAAUGCCUCGGUGCCACAUUUUAGAAUGUUAUACAUUCAAGGAGGCGGGGCUUGAACGUUUUCAAUAGGCGCUGAUAUUAGCUGACAUGACAUGAAUAAAUAUGCUUUUGUCAAUA